AUGGACCAGGAACCACAAAAUGAGUACAUGGACAUGGAAACAACUGUGAACACAAACGAAGGCCAAGACCUUGAAGGGUGGACAAAUGGGCCAGACAAAAGGCUGUGGGAGGAGGCAAUGCAAAAAGAGCUUGAGGGUUUAGAGGCUAUGGGAACAUGGGAAGUGACGGAUCUCCCAAUUGGCAUGAAUACUGUCAACACCAAAUGGGUACUCAAAGUGAAAACGGAUGCAAACUUGGUGCCCACAAAGUUUAAAGCAAGACUUGUUGCAAGGGGAUUCACUCAGAGAAAAGGUGUUGACUAUACCGAAAUCUUCACACCAGUGGCACCAAUUCAAUCAAUCAGAGGAGUGUUGGCUGUGGCAGCCAUGCAAGAUUGGGAGGUAGAUUCAUUUGACAUCAAACAAGCAUACCUCAACUCAAACUUACAGCACAACAUGUACCUGAAGCCACCAGUCAGAACAAAGAUGCCACUGGGAAAGGUUCUCAAGCUAAUAAAGGGAUUAUAUGGUUUAAAACAGUCAGGGCGAGAGUGGAACACUGAGAUGGACUCACACCUUCAGAGAAUGGGUUUUCAUUGUAUGCCAAGCACACCUUGCUUGUAUGCAAGAGGAACUGGAGACAACAUCACAGUUAUCACAGCAUAUGUUGAUGACAUGAUCAUAGCUUCACCAAGUCACAAAGAAGUGGAUCAUACCAAGAAGGAGAUCAUGAAUAAGUGGGGAACAGAAGAUAAUGGGAAGAUCAAAGAGUUUAUUGGAAUCAAAAUCAUGAGAGACAGGACCCAGAAGAGCAUAUCUCUUGACCUAAUGGCAUAUAUUAAAUCAAUGGUAAGCAGAUGGUUACAGAAGGAGACUGAGAAAUCCUGGAUCCCGAUGCAAAGCAUAACUGCAAGUGCUGGAGGAGAGAGAUGUUCACCAUCAUGA